AUGGGAGAACUACGGUAUGGAGUCGAGAGCUUUGAGGGUCCUGCGGAAGGGGCUGAAGUGAGCGACAGUUCAGGCUGGGCGAACCGGAGCUGGGGCAGCCAUAGGAGCCGUGGGGAUCAACGAGCUGAGGUGGAGAACUAUGACAUAGCGUCCAAUGCUUCCUAUGACUCUUCCAAUGUGUCGUGGUGGAGGACUGAUGACCGUUGGUCAUAUGGGUCAUGGGGGAACUCUUCAAGUGAUAGCAGGGAGAACUGGACGUAUGUCACACGACGUGAGUGGCCAGGGUGGGAUCGGUCAGAUCCGUGGCAUCGCUGGCAUGAAGAAGGCCAUCAUUCUCGAGAUUCUGGACAAGUACAUCGUUUGGGAGAACCUGAACGCCGUGGAAGUGAUCGAGAAGGACAUCAGGGAGAAUCCGAGGGCGAUGAUGGACCAAAGGGUGAGCUUCCCAGUGGCAACGUUGUCAGCGUCCAUGACAAGGCUGACAAGGAGGAGGAAAAGAAAUUGACAGGGAAGCCUUCGAACUCCUAUCCCCCAGUGUUUAGAGCUCGCCAAGGUGAAAAUCACCGGGAUUGGAAAAGAGCCGUACGUUUCUGGCUUCAUGGAGAAGGUCAUCAACUACCAGUCGCUUUGAUUGGCCCGAGGGUCAUGGUUCAGCUUAGAGACCGUGCAGCUCAAUUGGUGAAGCACUUGGAGCCGGAACAUGUGAACUGCAAGGAGGGUCUAGACAAGAUCUUCGAGACUUUGGAGCAAUCACCAAUUGUGAGAUUGAGUGAAAAGCAUCGAGUAGAUUGGCAUCGGAAGAGGCUGUUGAAUUUGACAAGAUUGGCAGGUGAGAGUUUGGAAAGUUACAUCACCAGGGCUGGCCUUUACCGAGAUCAACUACAAGGCCUGGACGCUUCGUUGACCAUGGGUGAACGUUUCUUUGUGGGCCAUCUUUUGGAUCAUGCUCGCCUUACCAGGAGGGACAAAGCCAUGAUCAAAACACAUGCUGUGAAGGAGGAUGAGGUGGCGAUCACAGGGGCUAUGAUGGAGCUAUCCUCGGAGCUGGAGGGCGAGCAGGGCUUCCCCAUCGGCCAGGCAGAGGCACAGGUGAGCGGCAAUCAAGGAGAAGAGCAUUUGGUGCAGCGAGGGAUGGCGGAUGUGGAGGCAGCCACAAGUGCCUCCCGUGAAGGCCUACCAGAAGAAGCUCCUGGCGAUGAAAGUUGUGAGGAGUUGGAAGGGGCACCCAUGGAUGUCUUGCACGCUGAGCAUGAGGCGCUGGCCUUGCAGUACAAGGCCAAGCAGAAGAUGGCUGAGGUCAAGAAGUUGCGAAACUUUUAUCGCCGUUCAGAGAGCGAUUCCAAGAAGGGCAACAAAGGAGGAAAAUGCUUUGUGUGCGAUGAGGCGGGUCACUACGCCCGCGACUGCCCAAAGGUCAAAGCAGCCUUGGCCACGAACCCUGUUUUGGUGACGACCUCCGCAGCCAAAGGGCAUGCUCAGGAGGAUCAUGAAUGGGGUCUUUUGGAAGAACUUUGUCGCAGCCAACAUGCGACGGAUUUGCCUGCGUCUGGAGCAUACAUGGUGCUGAUGGGGUGCAAUGCGGGUGGAAUCAAGGUAUCCCCAAAGUCAAAUGCUUCCUCCACUAUGAAUCCUUUUGAGACCUGGUGGAAUAUGAAGGAGUUGUCAAGGAAGGUCAUUUUGGAUUUGGGGUGCAUGCGAAAUGUGGUGGGUGUGCAGUGGGCUAACGAUGUAGUGCAGGAGUGGCAACAUCACAACCGAUGGUUCAAAGUUUUGCCUGAGGAAGAAGUAUUCCGUUUUGGUGAUGGCAACACCCUCAAGAGUAAGUACCGUUUGCAGCUUGAAGCCACUUUUGGAGGAAAACGUAUCUGUUUGGCAUUCAGUGUAGUCGGCGGUCCUUGUCCUCCUUUGCUUUCAAAGCAGUCCCACACCAUUUUGGGCGUGCAAUUGGACACAUCACAACAUACUUUGUCAUCUAGGAAGUUGAAGGUGAAGAACUAUGGACUUCAAGAAACUCAGGCAGGUCACUACACCAUGAGGAUUGAUGAAUUUCACCUACUAGAUGACGUAUGGCAUGUUCCUCAAGAUUUUGUGAUGGAUUCAGAUUUGGAGGACAUGUUCACCAUGUCGGUUGACUCGAAUGACCGCGAGGUUUUUGGCUUGAAGCUGGCUCGAGAGUGUCGCCCUCGUGCACCACUUGAUGGCCACGAGAGCUUCGUCAUGACCAUACCGGAGGACCUUCUGGGGGCUCAGCAGGAGGAGGCAGUGAGAUUGAGCGACCCCCGAGAGUGCACUCGGAAGCAAGCCCCACAGAACAUGGACGUGGAGCCGAAACGGCGAGAUCGAGGAGCCGCAGCCCGUGCAGAAGCCCUUCGAGGAACUCCGAAGGCGACUCCAGCACCAAAACGGAAACAGCCAGUCCGAUUACAACGGGGUCUUCCUCCGUCAGAGGACGAGGACGAGAGUGUGGAGUUGGUGGAGAGCUCCAACAUUCAAGGCCUUACCAUGGAAGAGAUGAAGAUGAUCUGCAAGAGACGCGAGAAGCAGCAAGCCGCAGCACAACAACGCCUGGCCACACAGGCGCUCACGGGUUGGGAGGACGUACUUAUGGAAGAAGCUGGUGUGGCAGCUGAGGGUGAAGAUGGCGGUGCAGAUCGAGUCGAAGGGGAAGGCUUCAUGGAAGAGGAAUCCGAGGUGGCUGAGCCUCCUUCUGAGCUACGAAGUGGCGUCACUGUGGGGUCACUUCGGGGCGAUGAGACAGCGGCUUCGGAACACGGACUUCCACGCCCAGGGUCAUGGACGCGAGUCAUCCCCCAGAGGGGCCUCAUCCAGAGGUUCAAACAAGCAGUGACGGAGGCCAAGCAGAGGCAUGUGGCAGUGACCAAGAUGCAGUACAUGCGAGAGCACUACUUGGUCCUCGAGCUCUUUGCUGGAUGUGCGAGGUUGACAUCAAUGGCACGCUCACGAGAUGGCUGGGAGACGAUGGACCCGGUGGACUUGCGCAAUGCAGCCACCAGAAAGCAGGUGCUGAAGUCAAUUCAGAUCAUGAAACCUGAUCUGGUGACCAUGAGCCCUCGAUGUGGACCUUGGUCGCAGCUACAGCGCAUCAAGCCCAAUGUGGACAAGGUGAUGGAAGAUCGACAAGCUGACAUCCCCUUGUGGAGGUUUUGCCGAGAGGUUUGGGACGAGCAGGACAAGCAUGGAAGAUUGGCUCUCACAGAGAACCCUUUCCAAUCGGCGGCGCUGACAAUGGACUUCAUGAUGGAACGACCUCAUCUUCAUCGUGCUAAGGUUCCUCAAUGCGCCUUUGGCCUGAAGGAUGUCAUCAGUGGCAAGCCUCACCAGAAGUACACGGCCUUCGAUGUCAAUGAUGAGGACAUGUGUGAGGCACUACUGGUGAAUGCGGUGUGCAACCAUACUCCUGAGGAGCACCAGCCGAUCGAGGGCAACGUCUACUAUGAGGGCAGAUGGCAAAGAAGAUCGGCAUUGGCAUCCAAGUGGCCACCUGAGUUGUGCGAGCACAUCCUUCAAGCAGCUGAGAAGGCGUGGGAAAAUUGUGAUGCGCAGGCACCACGCAAGCUCACUGAGUCUAGAGAGCCUGGCAAGUCGCACUACGUCAUGCCGGUGGAACCUUUCCCUACGCCCGAGGGCGAGCUGAGGAAACAGCUGGAGAAGGCCGAUUGGCGUGGGGGGCAAUAUGACUAUGUGUUCUUUGAAGGACUAGCACGUCAAGGGCCUCACAAAAUUCGACAGGCCCUAGCACAUUUGCAUGUGGUGCUGGGCCAUCCAUCACAGGAGAGACUUGUGCGGAUGCUUCUUGUCAGUGGCACUAGCCCGAAGAUCAUUGAGAUGGUGAAGGGGCUACGUUGUCAAAUCUGCCAAGCAGUGCGACCUCCUGGAGCAGAGCCAAAGGUGUCGGCGCAUCGACCUACGAGGUUUGGGGAAAAGGUGUUGGCCGAUUCCUUCUUCAUCUGGGACUCGAAGGGUGAGCGCUUCGAUGUCACUCAUUUGAUUGGCGGCCUGACCGAGUUCCACACUGGCAAUGUGAGCAAACAGGUGGGCGCUGAGAUCACGGCUGAUCUGCUGCAAAACAAGUGGUGCGGCAUUCUGGGAGCGCCUGAAGUUCUUCAAACAGAUGGAGGAAAAGAGUUUGAAGAUGUGGUGCACCGCCUUUCACGUCUUUUGGGCUUCAGACAUGAGGUCGUGCCGCCUGGAGCAAAAUGGAGACAGGGACAAGUGGAGCGACAUGGGGCGGUGAUCAAGUUGAUGAUGAUGAGAGUCAUCCUCACCCAUCAGAUUGAGGGCCUUGAAGAAGUUGGUGGCGCGGUGACAGGACGCAACACAGCCGUCCCUACCUCCAUUUUGGAGCAAUUGUGCAGCGGACAGGUGAAGUGCACUAUCAAUGAUGAGUUGCAGGUGAACGAAGCACUUCGACGGGCAGAACGAAUUAGAGCUGCAGCAGUGGACAGCUUCAAUUGGGUGGACUCUUCUGAGGCUUUGAGAAAGGCAUUGAAUUGCAGGUCACGGCCGCCCAAACUUGAGAACCUCCAAGAAGGCAUGACGGUGUAUGUGCACGAGCCCCCACCAUCCCGACGUGGCCAACAUCGCCGCCUACAAGAUCACUCGAGCUGGGAUGGACCUGGUUUGAUGGUGUGUGUGGAGAAGCAAGACGGAGCUCCACGGCGAGUGUGGGUGCGACUUCGUGCCAAGGUGAGAAGCUUUCCUCUGGAGAAGAUUCGUCUGGCCACUCCAGAUGAGAUGCUGGGCUCUCAAUACGUCAUACAGGCCAUGAACGAGGUGAUGGGGGAGAUCAAGGAUGGAAAACUUCCUUUGGAGGAGAAUCGCCGUGAGGCAACCUUGCGACCAGCACCUCCAGCACCAGCAGGAGCUCAGCGACGUGGGAGCAACAUGGAUCGAGACUUCAUGUUGGACGAUCAAGAGGCAGCCCUACGUGCUCGUCAAGUGCGACGGUUGGAGAUCCAGAAUGACUUGCAGGAUUCUGUGAGAAGGGCGUUGUCAUCAAGCAGUGGCAGUAAUGCCACCAGCGUGGCGCUUGUGAGAGGGCUGCAACCUGAGGAGCGCGCCGAACUGUUGGAAGAAGAUGAUGGGAUGGCACCACUUCCUGAUGAUUCAGCAGUGGAAUCAGAUGCUCCCAUGGCUGAAGAAGGUGGGCCCGAACCAAGUGAGAUGGGGUUCCAACAAAAGAAGCAACUCUUUGAGGAGAUUUCCAAGAGUGGCAAGGGAGUUCCCUCCAAGUUGACAGAGGCGAGGCUCAGAAGUGGCAUGGCUACGGCAAGUUCACAGCUCAAGAGCAUCAAGAAGAUGAUCCGAAAAUCACGUCAAGGACAACUCCAACAAGAAGCUCGCCGUCGACGAUCAGACCGACAGAUGGCGUCUAGCUUGGUGAUGUAUGCUGAAAGUGUGGAUCAGCAGUGUGAGAAGGUGUGGACAGAAACCAGUCAGGAGAUGGAAUUGCAAGAGGCUUUUUGGGCAAAGCCAGAGAUUGAAGAGCAGGCGGUGAAGGAGAUCCAGGAGCAGAUUGAGACACGCGACAUCGAGCACGGUGCCGACGUGGUGAGAAGCCAGAUUCUCACGGGCAAAGCCAGAGUGGAAAUGCAAUGGCAGAAACUGGAUGAGCGAUGGCGUGCUGCCUUCAAGGAUCCGAUCUUGAAGGCCAUCCAGAUUUACUUUGACCAUGACGCUCUGGAAGGUGUGCCCAAAGACAAAUACGUGGAUCCCAAGCGCCGAGCUGAAAGUUUGGUUUUGGGAGGGCACAAGGAUCCCGACAUGGGCCGAUACACCACCAUGGCCCCAACAGCAGCCUUGUUGGCUCACAACCUGAUCAAUUGGGUCAGUGUUCAAAUGGGAUGGAUUGUGCACUAUGAAGAUGUGUCAAGCGCAUUCCUCCAGGGAAAACAUCUUCCUCCUGAACGAGAGGUCUACGUCAGACUCCCCAAGGGUUACCCUGAGUAUGUGGAGGCGUUCAUCCGCGAGAAGUUGGGCGAGAUGUUCCGACAAGAUCUGCUGAAGCUCACCAAAGGAGGCUUUGGGCUACCAGAAAGCCCAAGAUUGUGGUACUUGGAGCACAGCGACGUUUUGAAGGUGUGUGGCAUGAAUGAGCUCUCUCUCCUCCCUGGGGUGUUUGCAGCCUUCCAUGAUGAUGGCACCUUGCGUGCGGUAGCAUGCAUCCAUGUGGAUGACACCCGCUAUGCUGGGGACCAUACUUCCCAGCAAAUUUGGGAUGAAGUCCACCGUCGAUUGCGAUUUGGCAAGCUUCGCAAAGCGACGGAUGGAUGGACGAAGUUCUGUGGACGGUGGGAGAGGCAGAAUGUCAACACGCUGGAGUUUGAGUACACCAUGAAUGACUAUGCGAAGAAUCUGAAGAAGAUGAUCAUCCGCAAGACCUCCGACAAUACCAUCACGCAGGAGGAGCACCGCGAGAUGGCAUCAUGGAUCGGGCAGCUCAACUGGAUGAGUCGUCAGGGUCGCUACGACCUCUCCUAUGGAGUUUCACACGUGCAACAGGCCGCUUCGAAGUUGGGCCGCGAAGCUCUGGAAUGGCUGAACAAGGUGAUCUACAGAGCCAAACAAGAGCAGAUCCAGGUGGUGCGCAAGUUGGAUGACUGGCGCAACUUCGUGGUGAUUUCAGCCAGCGAUGCCUCCUAUGGAGGACAACCAGGAGGCCAUAGCCAAGGAGGAGUUGUGGUGGGCCUGGCUGAUGCCUCCAUUUUGGAGGGCAAGGCGAAGAUUUGCAUUGUGGAAGCGGCCAGCAUGAAGAUCCAAAGGAUUGUGAGGUGCAGCAUGAGCGCCGAGGUGAGUAUGGCCGCCACGGCGUUUGAGCACGGUGAUUUCGUGCGAGCAGCUUUGUCGGAGCUUCUUCACAAGGACUUCUGCUUGAAGAAGUGGAAACUGUGGGGAAGCAAGUGGCCUCACUAUCUGGUGAUGGACGCCAAGACUGGCUUUGAUGUUCUCACGAAUGAGUCACAGACGACAGACCGGAAGAUCCAGAUCGACCUGGCCGUGCUGAAGCAGGCAUUGAUGGAAGGUCAGACGCAGACCUUCGUCAAGUGGGUUCCGGGACAUCACAUCAUCUCGGACUCGCUCACCAAGUGGUAUGGCAAUGGAGCUUUGGUCAACCCUUGUUUUCUUCCUUGUACCAUGGUGCCCAAUUCAUUUGGAUCGUAG